AGAGGCGGAGGCGGCGGCGGCCCAGCCGGGCCCUGAACCCGCGCUCAGCGCAAGAUGGCGGCCCGGGGUUAGAGCGCGCUCGGAGCGGACACCGGGGGCUCGGGAACCCGGGCACAGGCGGCAGCAUUCUGGCCGGUGGUUUCCUAGAAACAUGAUCAUAUGGUGGCUUGAUUCCUAGGCAGCAUUUGAAUGACUGACUGUCCGAAAAUGUCAAGUUCAGGUUACCCCCCAGGCCAAGGCCCGUUUGGUGCAGAACCAAACAGAUACCCAGGACAUGCCAUUCAAUAUACCUUCCCCAACAGCAGGCACCAGCAGGAAUUUGCAGUUCCAGAUUAUCGACCUCACCUUCAGGAUUCGCAGCUCUUACAGCAGCAGCAUCAGCAGCUGCGUAGACGCCCGUCGCUGCUUUCAGAGUUCCAUCCAGCCUCUGACAGGCCUCAAGAAAGGAGAAGUGGCUAUGAGCAGUCAUACCAUAGCGUGACUGGACAGCCCGAUCAUGAUUCACUGGAAUCCAAACGUCCUCGGCUUGAACAGGUACCUGAUCCCCACUUUCAGCGUGCUACAGUACUGCCCUUAGCGCACCCUGUACCAGAGGGGCUUCGAGCACCCACAGAGGUGAAAAAGGAGGCUUUUUCAAUGAAGGCUGAUGUUCCAUCGUCACCAACGACCAACCAGCAGGUUGGAGAUGAACAAGAUUCAUCUCCUUCCAAACUAUCCAAAGAGGAGCUCAUCCAGAGCAUGGACCGUGUAGACCGAGAAAUAGCCAAAGUGGAGCAGCAGAUCCUUAAACUGAAGAAAAAACAGCAACAACUUGAAGAGGAAGCAGCCAAACCUCCAGAGCCUGAGAAACCAGUCUCCCCUCCUCCAGUGGAACCAAAACAUCGCAGUAUCGUCCAGAUUAUCUACGAUGAAAACAGGAAAAAAGCAGAGGAAGCUCACAAAAUACUUGAAGGUCUGGGUCCCAGAGUGGAGCUGCCACUUUACAACCAGCCAUCAGAUACGAAGAUUUACCAUGAAAACAUCAAAACGAACCAAGUAAUGCGGAAAAAACUGAUCCUUUUUUUCAAGAGGAGAAACCACGCUCGUAAACAGAGGGAGCAGAAGAUCUGCCAGCGCUAUGACCAGUUGAUGGAGGUGUGGGAAAAGAAGGUUGAAAGAAUAGAAAACAACCCUCGCCGGAAGGCCAAGGAGAGCAAGACCAGGGAAUAUUAUGAGAAACAGUUUCCUGAAAUCCGCAAGCAAAGGGAACAGCAGGAACGCUUUCAAAGGGUUGGACAGAGGGGAGCUGGGCUUCCAGCAACCAUAGCCAGGAGUGAGCAUGAGAUUUCUGAAAUCAUCGAUGGACUUUCUGAACAAGAGAAUAAUGAGAAGCAGAUGAGGCAACUUUCUGUGAUCCCUCCAAUGAUGUACGACACAGAACAGCGACGGGUGAAGUUCUUGAACAUGAAUGGGGUAAUGGACGAUCCCAUGAGGGUGUACAAGGAGCGACAGUUCAUAAACGUCUGGUCUGAGCAUGAGAAGGAGAUCUUCAAAGAGAAGUUUGUUCAACACCCAAAAAACUUUGGCUUGAUAGCGUCUUACCUGGAGAGAAAGUGUGUAGCAGAUUGCGUUCUGUAUUAUUAUUUGACCAAGAAAAAUGAGAACUACAAGAAUCUUGUGAGGAGGAACUACGGGCGACGCAGAGGGAGGAACACGCAACAGAUUUCUCGCCCUUCACAAGAAGAAAAAGAAGCCGAAAAAGAAGAGGAGAAAGUUGAAAAAGUAGAGAAAGAAGAAAAGGAGGAGAAGAAGGAAGAGGAGAAAGAUGAUAAGGAGGAACCUCAAAGGGAAACUAUCAAGGAAAAGGACAAACCAGAUACUGCAGGAGAGGAGCCUGAAGAAAAAGAACAGUCUGUUCCACGAGGGCGAAAAACUGCAAAUAGUCAGGGGAGGCGGAAAGGCAGGAUCCUGAGAUCCAUGGCAAAAGAAGCCAUCACUGAGGAGCCACCCAACCCCCCUCCUCCACCUGAACUUGCUGUUACUGAGCCUGUGGAGACUUCCCGUUGGACAGAGGAAGAAAUGGAAGUGGCCAAAAAAGGACUCGUGGAACAUGGACGGAACUGGGCAGCCAUUGCCAAGAUGGUGGGCACCAAAAGUGAAGCGCAAUGCAAGAAUUUCUACUUUAACUACAAGAGGCGGCACAACCUGGACAUGCUGCUGCAACAGCACAAACUUAGAGUGCAACAGAUGUCACGGAGAUCACGUGAGGAUCGGGAUGUAUCUCAAUGCGAAAGCAUUGCUUCAACAGUGUCUGCACAAGAGGAUGAGGACAAUGAAGUGUCCAAUGAGGAGGAGAAUCCAGAGGAUAGUGAAGGAGCUGAGAACAGCUCAGAUACUGAAAGUGCACCUUCACCAUCGCCUAUGGAGACAGGCAAGUCAAGCAAGGAAAGUGCUGAAGCUAACAGGUUAACUGGAGAAGAGCUCAAUCCUACCACCAAGGACACUCCAAGUAUACCACCUCUUUCACCAGCACCAGCCGCUGCCUCACCUGAACUGCAGGUCAAGCAGGAGAUGAACUUGGGCUUUGAGGAGUCGAUGGAGGGUCAAAGGGGACCUGAUGCUGAAGCAAAGCCCGUGUUUGAACCUCUGAUGAAGACCAAAACUGAGCCUGUUGAUGUGGAUAUGAAGCCAGAAGAAAAUCUACAGAUUAAAGUGGAAGUGGAUGCCAAAGACAAGGAGUUUGAGAAAGCCAGACAGCAGGGAACAAUGGGAGCAGAGCUGCUCGAUCUACCGCAGCCUGGAGUGCAGGUGGAGUCCCACUCAGACAAUGAUUCAAGUGCAACCUGCAGUGCAGAUGAAGUGGAGGAUGGGGAGCCUGACCGGCAAAGAAUGUUUUCUCCGGAAUCGAAGCCAUCACUGUUGAAACCUCACAGCUCGGUGUUGAUGACCUCAGCCAUGAAGCCAGUUCAGAUGGAUAUCCAGCAGCUGCAGCAGCGAGCAGCCAUGAUUCCCAAUAUGAUGGCUGCUCCCUAUGUGCCUACCAGUGCUCCUGUGAGUGGCCUAGCCCUAUUCCAGCGGCACAUCAAAGCCAUGCAUGAUUCUGCACUGCAGGAGGAGCAGAUGCGACAGAGGCAAGAACAUCUGGAUGCUGAGCGCAGAAAUUCUGCCAGUCCCAGCAUCAGUGGCAAGAACUGUCCGAUCUUGGACAGAGAAGGUAAACCGUUUGCUUACAUGCCAUAUCAUGAGGCUCGACGUGUGAUGGAGCAGGAAUCACAGACAGCAGGAGCCAGAUCUGCAUCACCUUACAGGCUGUCCCCAAGGGAAUCCUGUAAACUUUCUCCACAAUCAGAGAUGAACACCUUGCGGUACAGUGUACCACCAGUUCUUCAGCCUGCUCCGCAUCAAGUGAUGCAAGCCACAUCUGAGGGAGGAAAGUUGGCGAUUACCAGACCAGCUCGACCAUCCAACAUUCCGUCCCCUCCCCCUCUCAUCCCUUCAACAAAACCACCACUGUCCACUGAAAAGCCAUCAUUCAACAUGGGAGGCUCUAUCUCACAGCAGUACAUGGGAGCAGCAAUCUGCCAGAGUCGGUUACAGGUAACUUCUGGCGCAUAUCUACCCCCUCACAGCCAAGUAGCUUACAACCAAGAAGCUGUGAAAAACACAGUGGGUUCCAUCUCCCUCGGGCUGCCACGGCAACAAGAACCCGUGAAACCUGGACCAUUACAGUUCAUUAAACAAGAGGAGCUGUCUCCCAGAGGCCAGAAUCCCCAACCAGAGGGCCUGCUGUCCAGGGCUGCCUAUGAGACAAACGUAGUCAGAGGUGGUCCAAUGGCAAAUAUCCAGGAAGCAGGUCUAACACGUAGCAGCCCAGCAGGCAAGGUUUCUGCAGAACCAACUUCCUAUCGAGGUUCCAUCACUCAGGGCACUCCGGGCCUGUCACAACAGGGUAUUGCUGCCGACACACUAUUGAAAGGAGCAAUCAGCAAACUGGCCACUGAGGAAUCGGGCAGCCCUGAGCAGUCCCGGGAAGAAGCAAUAUCAAAAGGCCAUGUCAUCUACGAAAGUAAGAGUGGCCAUAUACUCUCAUAUGAUACUAUAAAAAACAUACGAGAGGGAACCAGGAGUCCCAGAACAGGCCAUGAGGUCCACGGGGUCAAGCGGACCUAUGACCUAAUGGAAAGUGGAUUAAGUCGAGUCCCAGUGCGUGAGUCCUCAGUGUCUGCACCUUAUGAAGGUCUCAUCAGUCGUGCGAGGGAAAGCCCACAUUUAUCAGAAUCCAAAGACAGGACGGUUCCAUCAGGAUCAAUAAUGCAGGGUACACCAAGAGCCUCCAAUGAGACCUUUGAAGAAGGCAUGAAGUACAGUAAACAGAUUAAGCGGGAAAGCCCACCACUGCGAACCUUCGAGGGGUCCAUCACGAAAGGCAAACCUUACGAGGGAGUUACCACCAUUAAAGAAAUGGGUCGCUCAAUCCAUGAAAUUCCAAGACAAGAAAGUCGCAAAACCCCAGAAAUGGUACAGACCGGCCGGUCGAUCGUGGAAGGAUCUAUAUCUCAGGGAACCCCAGUGAAGCACGAGAGCCAGUCUGCUAUUAAACAUGAUGUAAAGUCUCUGAUAACAGCAUCCAGCAAACACCCACACCCCAUGCACCAGCUGGAGAUGAUCUCGGAGGGCGUGAAGGUUGUGGAAAGGAAGUAUGAAGACAUGAAGCCUGCUGACCAGUUACGGGGCCGCCACAGCGCGGUGGUCAGUUCUGGAACCUCCGUGCUCAGGUCAACAAUGCACGAAGCUUCAAAAUCUCAGCUGAGUCCGGGUCUCUAUGAAGAUCCCAAUGCAAGGAGGACCCCACUGGGAUAUCCUGGCUUCAUUCCCAGGGGCCCACCAAUGGUCAGCAGACCACAAGAAGGUGUUAUGACUUCAGGGAAGUCGACUGGCCAUGAAAGGAAGACCACGCUGGUUCCAGCACAGAGAGAGAACAUGUCUGUUAAGUCCCCAGUCUCUGUGGUGGACCCAUCUGCAACUCUUAGCCCUUACGACUCUCUACAUGGACGAGGGAACCCUGAAUAUAGAAGCCAUGUUCCUCACCCCUUCGAGCAGACGAUGGCUUUCCAUCGAGCAUUAGACCCAGCUUACCUGUUUCCCCGGCAGCUUUCUCCUAACCCCAGUUACUCAAAUCACUAUCAGCUGUAUGCAAUGGAGAACACACGACAGACCAUCCUCAAUGACUAUAUCACUUCCCAACAAAUGCAAGUUAUCACCAAGCCAGACGGCACCAGGGGAAUGUCGCCACGAGAACCUUUAGGUGUCCCCUAUGCUGCUGGAUCCAGAGCAAUCAUCGAAUUGGGACCAGUGUCGCACACAAUACUGGUGCCAGGUGGGAGCAGUACCCCUCCUAUGGACAGAAUAACCUACAUCCCAGGGAACCAAGCCCCUUACCCAGGCAGAUACAACCACUCCCCGAUAUCACCAGGUCACCCUGCACAUAUGUCUGCUUCUGCAGCCAAUGCUGAGCGUGAGAGGGAGAAAGAGCGUGAGAGGGAGCGAGAGAGAGAACAGAGGGAGCGGGAACAGAGGGAACGGGAGAGAUUGGCCGUAACGACUUGUGACCUGUCUUACCUUAGAGCAGGUCCUGAACAGACCAGUAGACCAAGUAGCCAUGGUUUUGUCCGUUCUCCAUCACCAUCAGUACGAACGCAGGAGACCAUCUUACAGCAGCGACCCAGUAUAUUCCAGGGAGCCAAUGGCAAGGGGGUUAUAACGUCAUUGGAUGCAGCUACGCAGUCUCGGAUAAUGCAGGUGCCACAGGGAGCCCUCUCCAUGGCGCAGGGACUCUCUGCCUCUCGCUACAACACUGCAGCAGAUGCCCUUGCAGCAUUGGUGGAUGCUGCAGCCUCUGCACCUCAGAUCGAGAUGACAAAGGGCAAAGAGAGCAAGCACGAAGCCCCCCGAGUGGAAGAAAUGACAGCUCGCAGGGUCUCUGAGCAGCAGCAGAAUGUUCAUCAGCACCAGGCACAACAGCAACCGCAGACUGAACAUGAGCGACGGUCAGUACAGUCACCGUAUUCAUCCUCGACCAAGGGCCAGGGUCAGUCUGGAUAUCCAGAGAACAUUAAGGACAAAGCACCACCCCCCAAAUCCAGGUACGAGGAGGAGCUCAGGACUCGAGGCAAGACCACAAUAACAGCAGCAAAUUUUAUAGACGUGAUCAUCACAAGACAGAUUGCCUCUGAUAAAGACAGUCGAGAGCGAGGAUCUCACAGCUCAGACUCCUCCAGCAGUGUAUCUUCCCAUCGCUAUGACAUGCCCAGUGCGGAUGCUAUUGAGGUAAUCAGUCCUGCAAACUCACCCGUACAGUCACAGGAGAAGCCGGAACCUGUCCAGCAGGAGAUGCACAAACCUUCCCAGGGAGACGGUGAGCCUAACGCUCGAGGGUUUGAUGUGUCCAUGGGUCGCUUCAGGAUGAUGCAGAAGUCACCAUCUCCACAGCAGCAGCCGCCAUCCUCCCAGCCUGACAGUGUGUAUUCCUCUGCCCCUAACCCUCAAGUUUCCAAAACACACAAAUUGAUCACUCUUGCUGAUCACAUCCACCACAUUAUUACACAGGACUUUGCCCGAAACCAGCCCAGCAGCCCAUCAUCACAGCAGCCUCCAGUGUCCACAUUCCAAACAUCCCCAGUGGUCUCUAACCGAGGGAAGAGUUCUACUCAUUACAGCACAGACUCUCAACCACAGACCACUCAAACUACUCUUCAUCAGAGGCCGCCAUCCAGAGUCUCUCCUGAGAACCCAACGGAAAAGGGGAGAGGAAGGCCUGGGAAAUCCCCAGAACGAAGCCACGUUUCAUCAGAACCAUAUGAGCCUAUCUCACCUCCCCAAGCCCCUGCCAAUCUAGAGAAGCAAGAAAGUGUAGUACAACCUCCCCAGCGAAGGGAGGCAGAGCCCACUGAACAGAGGCUGCCCCCAAGUAAUGAAUGGCUCCCGAUGCCUUUGCUUGUCCGAAGAAGUCGUGCCCCAGAUUCUGCUACAAGGAAUGAGGCGCGAUCUCCAGGGCAUGUGGGCUAUUUGCCAGCAUUCUUCACUAAACUAGAGAGCACUUCACCAAUGGUGAAGUCAAAGAAGCAGGAGAUAUUUCGUAAGUUGAACUCCUCUGGUGGCGGGGAUUCUGACAUUGCUAAUGCUCAGCCUGGGACCGAGAUAUUUAACUUACCUGCGGUCACGUCAUCAGGUGUGGUUUCGUACAAAAAAGGUUCAGUCAGUUCUCGGAGUCAUUCCUUUGCAGAUCCAGCCAGUAACCUUGGCCUCGAGGAUAUUAUCAGGAAAGCCUUAAUGGGGAAAUAUGACGACAAAGGAGAAGAUCACCAAGUGGUUCUACCCCAUCCUGUGAAUGCAACACAGGGCAACAUGAGCACAACCAUCCCCGUGUCUGGUGAUGCUCGGAAUGAGGAGGCCAAUCCAUCACCUCCAUCAGGCUCAACUGCGUUUCCUUAUAACCCAUUCACAAUGCGCAUGAUGAGCGUAGCACCGACAUCCAUCGCCUGCGCACCGCCAACCAUGGGUCAAGCCAGCUCACAUCCACCAGCCAGGACGUGGGAGCGCGAGCCAGCUCCCUUGCUCUCCUCCCAGUAUGAGACAUUAUCAGACAGUGAUGACUGAGUACAGUGCCCUGGCUGCGGUUUUAGUAGUUGUUUCAGGCCUGCAGACCACAGACGAGAGACUCUCCUCGAGCCCGGCUCACCGAGUGAUGAAGUAAAGGAGGGUUUGUUCACACAGGCAAAUGCAAAGCAGUGUUCAGUCCUCAGAUGAGCAGAUGCCGGGUGGAGAAGAAAUGGCGAUCACAGGCGCUCAUGUAGAAUUCACAAUGAAAGACAUUUUCUGCUCUCCAUUUGUUUGUUUAAAAAACUGUCUUUAAAUCAUUCUUGUGUAAUAUAGAGUACUGUCUCAUUGUAUCAUGCUACCGAUCUUACAUUUUAAAAGAUCCUGAAAUGGGAAAUUGACUGCUGCAAAAGCAGGAAUUUCCCACCAGUGAGGUGAGCCCAAGUGACUGGUAUUCCAUAUCCGUUGUAAAUUAAGUUCCAUUUUGUCUUUAAUUAUUUAGCAGCACUGCUAAGAUAUUAAUGCAUGGAUGUAUUAUGAUUCAGUGUAAAACAAAAAGAAUUGAAGGGAGUAUAUAACCUGGUGUAUGUGGGCUCAGGAAGGGGCCUAACCCUGUUACUGUGCACAAUACUCGCCCAAAGGGAAUAUCUUUUACCUCCACCUCAUGCUUUUCCCUUAAUUAUUUCAAUCACCUCUCCCGCAAAACAAAAUACUGUUUUAAAGUCUGAGAAAUGUAAGCAGGUCUUAAUGUUGCAUCCAGAAGUUAAUUUGUUUAUCUUGCGAGUAGGGGGGAGAAGGGCUGUCUCAUUCCUGAGGAGGUUUAAUCGUAGGAAUGAAGGUGGAUAUCCAAAGUGGAGAAUGACAAAGUUCUGUCACUGGUGUUCUUCUGUCAUGCACUCUAAUAACACCGACAGCCUGCAGGAGUCUGUGGUCUCUGGGCUUUUGCUGUAAUCGCAGAACAUUGUGGGAUUGCUACACUUUGGGAAUGUGUUCCACAAAAACUGCAGAACUCCAUGGGAAUGUCACCACAGAUAGUCCAGUAAAAUAUAUGCAGGAAUUGGGAAAAAUCCUAGACUUUGCAUAACUAGUUCCAAACAUUACUGAGAUCGUUGCCCUGCCUGGCUGCAGAUUACUGGUCCCAGUGGAGUAAAUUUGCUAACUUCAGCUUUAACCCUUUGAGUGCUGGGUGUGCAGCUUUUGAAAUGCAUGUAUUUUUUUCUCUGAUUUCCACAAGAUACCUUGUAAAUUCUUUUAAUACUGAAUGUUACACAGUAGAAGUUGAGGCAGCUCCACAAAUAAUUUCUUGGACUGGAAUCACAUCACAUUAUUUUCCUUUGGGCCUACAGACAGCACUCGAAGCAUGACACCGGCCUGAGAUAGAUUUCUUAUUUUCAUGUUGCACUGUGUCUAUUGUAACUGCAGUCCCUUCCUGCCAAAUAGCCACUCCGGGCUAACCUCUACCUUUUAAAAUAGCUCGCCAUUCCAGAACCAGAACACGUUCAUGUAAAUGUUUAUUGUCCUAAAAUAAAAAUGGCAUCUGA